AUGGACCAUAUCCCGUCAUUACCCGCGUCGCAUAAAGGCAACACGGAACGCUUGAUCUGGGUCGACCUCUUCACGGGUUUCGUGAUCGCGAAGGCGAGUGCGUCUCGAACGGCUCAAACCGUCGCGGAAUCGUAUGAGGAAGCCGUCUUCAGACGUUUCGGUGCCAGCGAAACAAUCCGUCACGACCGUGAGCUCGGCUUCACGUCACAUUUUUUCAAGGCUUUCAACAAGCUGAUGGGACAGCGCCAAUGCGCGACGCUCGCCUACCGUUCGCAAGUAAACGGGGCGGCAGAACGCAUGGUGCAGACCAUUAUAAGAGCUAUCACGAUGUACAUUGCCGACAUCGACCAACGCGACUGGGACCAAUACGCAGAGCGACUGACAUAUGCGCUUAACACGGCUCACGACCGAACGCGGGACGAAACCCCGUUUGUCCUCGUGCAUGGCUGGGAUCCGCGGUCUACACUGAAAGCGGCGCUAGCUGUGGGCAACACAUCGUGCCGAGAUGCAGAAGAUCGACGGUGGACGAUGAACAUUCUGCGUCACUACCAGAUAGCACGCGAACAAUCCCAGGAACUGGUGCGCGAGACAGUGGACGUGAGAGCGGCACGCCAUAACGCGCACGCCACUGAGCACGCGAUAGAUCGGGGCUCACGAGUCUGGUUGUAUCUGGAUCGAGUCAAGCCGGGAUAUUUGCGGAAGCUCGCACAUGUUGACACGAUACUACGAAGUCCAGUCGGAACUUCGGAACUAGCACGCAAACUAUACACCAACACGAAAAGCGUUCACCCGCAUCGUGUCAAUAUGUGGUACGGGCCGUUUCGCGUUGCAGAACGGGUUAGCGCGUACGCUGUACGUCUAGAGACCAACGGGACUCCGUACCAGUUGUUCCUGAUCAUGCACCUCUCAAAGCUAAAACCCGUCCGUGAGUUCCCGUCGAGACUUGAACUGCAACUGACAGUACCCUCUCGAGAGCGCUUCGACUUCGACGAGGAGCAUCUACCGGAGGAUAGCUGA